CGGAGCCCGCAGUCUCUUUGGAAACUUCUGCCGAGGGGAAAGAGCUAGGAAAGAGCCGCAAAGCCCUGUGGGCUUUUUCCUUCUUUUGCUCCUUCUGAUUGCUCCCUCCUCCGUUGCACCCUUCUCCGGACUUCACCCGAAUUUCGAAGAGGCGGUGGCAGAGUGGGAGAAGAGGUGUUAGGGUUUGGGGUGUGGGGGGCUUUUUUUCCCCCUCUCGAUUUCAACAUUUUCUCCCACCCUCUCCGCUGUAGUCAACUCCUCUUACCUGGUCCGCGGCAGCCGCGCGCCGCUAGCAGCUGAGGAUUAGAAAGAAGCCGGGUGUCUUAGAUUUUAAGCAAAAUUUUUAAAGACAAACCCAUUUUUACCCACCCCACCCCCGCCAGCCCGUUCUCCACAGCCUCCGAGCGCAUUAUUUCGGUGGUUGCUUUGGGGUGAAUAAUUUUGUGGCUUCUUCCUCUUCCAGUUCUGACCGGAUCCCUUUGAGGGGUUCUGCGGCCUCAGCUCACUCCGCGUGCACCUGGCGCGCCUCUUUUUUCCCCCAACCUGUUGCAAGUCUUUAAUCCUUGCAAUAGGGGCUUGCUUGCCGGCGCUUGAAUCCUCCUCUCCCUUCAUUUUGCAAGUCUCUGGAGGAGGGCACCUGCUCUACCUGCCGGAGAUCUAAAAGGAAAAUCUCCAGGCGCCCUCUCGGCUCAUUUCUUCCCGCACCCUCGCUCUCCUGCCCCGCCCAGAGGUAAAAGGAGACUCGGAGAAGAUGGUGCUCACCACGGUCCUCCUGCUGCUGGCCGCCUGUGCGGGGCCGGCCCAGGGCUUGGGCUCCUUAGUGCACUGCGAGCCCUGCGACGAGAAAGCUCUCUCCAUGUGUCCCCCCAGCCCUCUGGGCUGCGAGCUGGUCAAGGAGCCCGGCUGCGGCUGCUGCAUGACUUGCGCUCUGGCCGAGGGGCAGACGUGCGGCGUCUACACUGAGCGCUGCGCCCUGGGGUUGCGCUGCCUCCCACGGCAGGGCGAGGAGAAGCCCCUGCACGCCCUGCUGCACGGCCGCGGGGUUUGCCUCAACGAAAAGAACUACCGCGAGCAAGCCAAGAUCGAGAGAGACUCUAGUGAGCAUGAGGAGCCGACCACCUCCGAGGUGACUGAAGAGACCUACUCGCCCAAGAUCUUCCGACCCAAGCACACCCGCAUCUCUGAGAUGAAGGCCGAGGCUGUGAAGAAGGACCGCAGGAAGAAGCUGACCCAGUCCAAGUUUGUGGGGGGAGCUGAGAACACCGCCCACCCUCGGGUCACUUCUGCAUCUGAGAUGAGGCAGGAGUCUGAGCAGGGCCCCUGCCGCAGACACAUGGAAGCCUCCCUGCAGGAGAUCAAAGCGAGCCCACGCAUGGUGCCCCGUGCCGUGUACCUGCCCAACUGUGACCGCAAAGGAUUCUACAAAAGAAAGCAGUGCAAGCCUUCCCGUGGCCGCAAACGUGGCAUCUGCUGGUGCGUGGACAAGUACGGGAUGAAGCUGCCAGGCAUGGAGUAUGUCGACGGGGACUUCCAGUGCCACACCUUCGACAGCAGCAACGUUGAGUGAUGCGUCCCCCCUCCCCCUCACUCCCCCCCUCCCACCCCCAGUUCCAGCCAUCGCCUCCCUCCACCCCAGGACGCCACUCAUUUCAUCUCAUUUAAGGGAAAAUAUAUAUGAUAUAUAUAUUUGAGGAAACUGAGGACCUCGGAAUCUCUAGCAAGGGCUCAACUUUGAAAAUGGCAACAACAGAGGUGCAAGCAGAUGAGGAGAUGCCCCUCCUCCCCUUGAAAAUGGUUUUCUUUUUGAGGCAAGUUGAAUGAACAGAGAAGGGAAAAGAAGAGCAGGAGGGAGAGAAGGGAAGAAAGUGUGCGGGAGAGGGAACGAUGGACAGGGUUACAGGACGGACGAGACGAGCGUGGGCAGAAAGAAACAGGCCAGCCGGGCCUGGGGUCAGCCCUGGCCUUGGCUGGGGAGGGCUUCGGGUCUAGGCCCAAGACUUGGCAUGAGUACACCCUGGACUUUUUGUAGUUUGUGUCGGUCAGGGGGAGAAAGGAAACGGUGAAAUGUGUCAGUGCCUCUCUCAGUCUGUCUCUUCCUCCAGCCACAAGAUGGGACAACUCACCCCCCCAACCCCUGCUCUCCUCUUACCUCAGCGGGGUGUCAUUUCUCCCCCAAAUUUAUAGACUAAAAUGCAUUCCAUUUCUCUGAAAAUAAGCCAAAUUCAUAAUUGAGUGAAAUUAGAUAGGUUUUCCUAAGAAGAUCCAUAAAGAUUAAACAUGUACGUGUAUUGCGCUCCUCUUGCCUAUCUUGGCCAUGAACACACCCCACACCAGAAGGCUUGUUCUUCUGGUGACCUGAAGAAUUGCUGAGGCCUUACCUUAGCCCUCAUGUUGUUCCCCUCCCAGCUAGUGCAGCAGCCAUUGUAGAGGAGGAUAAGUUAAAGACGCAAAAUAAACAAAGUAAAGUGGGCUUGUGUCUAUCUCCAAGCCUCCCUAUGUAGACAUAUAAAUCUAUUUUCUUUCUUUCUUUCUUUCUUUCUUUCUUUCUUUCUUUCUUUCUUUCUUUCUUUCUUUUUGCUUGCUUUCUUACUCUUCAAAGUAGUUCCUACAGGGGCAUUGAGGAGCUUCCUCAUUCUGGGAAGAUCCAUAUUCUCUACCAUAACUCAAGACUCAGCUUUGCCUGCCUCUAGCCUGGGCUUUCCCAUGAGCUGAGAACUCAGCCCUGAUGGGUUUUUAAUUAUUUCCUGUGUGUGUUCACCAGGGUGGGGAGCUGCCAGGACUUGGUAGUGUGUGCACCGCCUGCCCAGUCAUCCCAUCCCAGUCCUCAAGCCCUCAGAAUGUUAAGUGCCGCUGGGGGCCACCCCAUUCGAGCCCCACAGACCCAGGUUUGACCAACUGUCCUGCCCUCGCCUGCUGGCUUUCAUCUAGACAUCCUGCAUCUCACAGAGCAGGAGAGAGGCUGAUGUGAGAGACGGCAACAAGGGAGAUGGUGGGAAAUGAUUUCAAAUGAGGACAACACUCAGUGGAGCAGCAGAACAGAGGGCCAGAGGUACAGAAAAGCAACAGAGAGAAGGGAAGCCAGUAGAACUCUCCUUGGCUCCCCUCUGCUAAACCCAGUGGUAUUCAAGAGGAAGGAGAUAGGAAAAAGAGGGAAUAGUCGUGAGAUGGACAGGGGCUCCACCUGGGCCACAGAGCUGGUGAAGGUGAAUAAUUUUAGGUGGACUCUAUACUUGAGAAGUUGGAUGAGAAGAAGGAUCAGGAGACUGGUCUUGCAUUCAGAAAGGCUAGACGUUGCACUCGUCCUCAGCCUGCCACGAGGGACAGAAGCUGAAGCGUCUUUCAAGUUCCUUGUUUGUUCUAGCCAGUUCGUACCCCCGCCCUGGGCUGGAGGAGGGAGGAAGACCCAGGACAACCUGGGACAGAUGCUGCACAGGUGCUGUCAUUUGGCGGCUGGAGUCUGAUCUAAAAAAGAAUUCCAUUCUCUGCUGACUUCCUCAGCCUAAGGGUGACCUUGGGACUGCCCUCUAAGAACGAAGAUAACCUGCUGGGAAAGAGGACAUGGACACUGGGCAAAGAGGCCCUUUUUGCUGUGAGCACACCUCUGUCUACUCUUUCUUGAUGGCACAAUGCAGUGGAGACCAACUCCCAACAACAAAUUUGGGGCCACAAAGAGGGACAGCAAAGUAGCAAGCAUACUUCAAGGAAUGGAAACACAUUGCUAUGACACUUGGGGAUGCCACCUGCUCCCCCGGACAGGACAGUUGACUGGGGGUGGGAGAGGUGGUUGAUCUUCAUAAGACAAAGGGCGAGAUGGUGAUGAAACAGGAAGAACUUACUGGACCGGCAGGCCAGUGCACUCCGGCUCUCUGCACCACUGUCCUUAAGCCCCCAGCUUACCCAUCUCUGUGUCGUAGGCCAGUAUGCUCAACCUUCCUUCUGCCAUUCUUCUUUUGCAUCAUAAGCAGUCACCUAACUGGGAGCUUCCCAGAGGAUACUGGGGUACCAUCCCCCUAAGAAAAGACUGAGCCAGGAACUGCUGACCCCCAUCCUUCCAGGCAUGGACCUGACCCCUGAGAAGGGCUCUCUCCCCCACUGUUUGCUGGACCUUGUCCUGGCCUCGGCCCUGACACAGGGCCCUUUGCUGUCAGCCACAGGGGGAAGAUGGCAGUGUGACUUACCCUGCCGCCAGACUCUUCAGGAUCCCCAAGUUCAUGGCUGCUAGCCCAAAGCUGUGCGUCUCUCCACACUUGCAGAAGUGGGCUGUGGGCAACUGGCCUCUCCUGCAGAAAGCUGGACCUUGGUGGACAGAUGGGGUAGAGGUCCUGACUGCAUCAGGGUGAGGCGACAACAACAGAAGGGGAGUCUUGGAAAGAAGAGAGGCCACCAUCCCCUGGCAUCAGGGAGAGAAAGCAGCUCACAGUGCCGUGAGUACGUGAAGCUGGGAGCAGGGAGCUCGUGGGCUGUAGCUGGGCCCUUGGCCAACCUUUAGCUGCCCAGAGGCCUCAGACUGGGGUACCUAUGGCUGUACCUGCCCCACCCCCAGCCCCUCAGGAGGUCUCCCCUCACAGCCCCCCUUGACUCAUGCCUCAUUCUGCAGUAGAAAAGAUACCUCUGUCUUCCCCCAGUACUGCCAGGUAACUGUGGGAGGCCCAGCCAAGACUGAUCUCCUCCCCUAGCCUGCCCUGAACCUCUAGGCGAAGCAGGGCACCUGGAAAGGAAGAGAUUCAAAUGUUUCUCUGACAGCCAGGCCUAGACAGGCCUGGGGACAUCAGCCCCACAUGGACAAGGAAGGGAGGCCGGGAGCCCUCUGUGGCCCCUCCACUUCUCCCCUUGUCCCUCUUCUCAUCACCCCUCUGUCGCCAUGGUAACCCUGCUAGGCUACUCUCCUCUCACCACCAGGGCCUCAGCCACACAGGAGCUGUCAUGGCCACUGCCGUGCCGCUCCCUGACAAGGCCACACCCACUCUCCAUCUUUCAACUCAGAACCCGAAAGGGCUCCAGUUCCCCAUGUGGACCUGAGAGAGGAGUGGGCCAGAAGGAAGAGACCCUUUAGUCUCAGAGAGGAACCUCUGGCUUCCAAGAGAAAGGAGGCCAUUUUGAGACCAGGAAAUAAAUAGGAUUUCGCCAACCAGCAACCUGGGUGUUGUACUGUCUUUAUUUUUAAAACCACUAAAGUGCAAGACUUAUUUUGCACUUUCUCCACUUUUUUUUUCUCUUUUAGGUUAUAGUUUCUUUUUUAAAACAUACUUUCUUGGUUUUCUAAUGGAGUAUUUAGUUUAGCCAUUUCACAGACUCUGCCCCCCUCUCCUUAAAUACUCCCAGACAGAGAAAGGGAAGGUGGGUGGGACAGAGGGGACGAAGCCCCCGGCCACCCUGCCCCCAUUCACCCUGCUUCUCUGGUCCCUGGUCACCAGCCUCAGCCCCACCUCCAUCACCACCACUGUCACACAGUAGCCCACAUGGAUAGUACAGUUGUCAGACAAGGUUCCUUCAGAUUCCGAGUUGCCUACUGGUUGUUUUUGGUUUUGUUUUUUUGUUGUUGUUUUUGUUUUUGUUUUGAAGACAGCAAUAAUCACCGCACAUAUUACUGUAGUUCUUUAUUAGUGUUACAUACAGCCAUACCAUAACUCUGUUCUCUUUCCUUUUUUGUUUUCAACUAAAUAAUAAAUAAAUAAAUGCUCGUCUUACUGGUGAAAAGAAUGCAAAAAUAAACCAACAAACAAAGCAGUUUGUGAAAAAAAAAAAAAAAGCGGGAAAAAAAUCACCUGAAUGCGAAAGAGCUCUGCUCCUGUUUAGUAUUUUGUACUUAAGGAAAUAAAAAGGAAAAAAAAACCAACCCAGAGGAUCUCACGUUUUAUUAAAAAGUGAAGAUUGCUGUAUACUAUUUAUUCAACUUAUAAUUUAUGUUACUCCUUGAUCUUUGUCUUUUGUCAUGGCAAAGCAUUUAUUUAAUAAAGUUAUGCAUCAGUCA